AUGAUCGCCUGUAUUGCUGUCAUUGGCGCGGCAAAUAGUCCCCUAUACAUCCGUACAUUUGGCCAAGAAAGUGAAGACUUGGGUUUCCACUACAUUGCGCACGUGUCAUUGGACGUCAUUGAGGAGAAACUCCAGAGCUCAACAAGCAUCACGAGCUCAAAAGAUAAUUUGUACCUUGGAUUUCUAGGGCCCAUUGAGGACUAUCGAGUAUAUGGUUAUGUCACCAACACAUCGACAAAGUUUGUGGUGGUACUGCAAGACGCGCCUGUGCGUGGAUCGGAGCUUAAACAGUUUUUCGUUGAGGUGCACCGUUUGUACGUAAACGCCAUGUCAAAUCCUUUUGCGCCAUUGGGAGAGCGUCUCACGUCGCAGACAUUCGACAAGCGCGUGUCCAACCUUGUCGUACAAUACAACACAAGCAGCUAG